GUACUUUUUGGAGGCUCGCUUGACUCGCAGCGGAGGAAAACAACAACAGCCUCGAGCUUGUUAGAACUUUGCUGUGGAGGAUUGACACGGCAAGAGUGGAUCAAAUGGAGGACGAGGAGAGCAGAACAGUGUGGGUGGGCAACUUUGACCCGGAGGUGACCACUGAGGAGAUCCUGUACGAGCUGUUCCUGCAGGCUGGACCACUUCACUAUGUGAAGAUACCACAAGACAAAACAACAAAAAGAAGUAAAAACUUUGGUUUCAUCUGUUUUCGCCAUAGUGUUAGUGUUCCUUAUGCCAUUGAGCUUCUGAAUGACAUAGAUGUCAAUGGGAGGAAUUUGAGAGUGCAGAGUAGGAAUCACCAACAAUUACAGAAGCAGGGUCGGGCUAGUGGUCCAGGAGGCAUUCACUCCCUUGAUCCAAACUUUGGUGUAGCCCAGAACUUUUCAGGACCCUCACAGCCUUGUGGACAGCAGGCACUCAUGCAGACUCCCAGCUUACUUGGAUUGCCAAAUCAGACUAUCAUGGCAAUGGCUCAGCAGCAAAUGGCAUUACUGAAUGCCUAUCAACCCAUUCCCCUUUCAGCAAAUCCUCUUCUCAAUGCUCCUAAAGAGCGUUACUCUGACAGACAUGGGUCCAUCAGCCAUGAUAGGAAUAAUCAAUACAUGAAACAUAAUUCUCCCAGAAACAACUCAUACCAGCAAGGUAACUACUCCAGAAAUAGUCCAUAUCAGAGAAACGACUAUUCCAAUGACUAUGGAAAGCAUAGUUCCUAUCAGCAGAAUGCAUCAGCCAGUACAGGCCGCUUUGAUUUCAAUAGGUUAGGGCCACAACAGAAUAGAGACCAGCAGCAGCAUCACCACCACAACCAGUAUCGCUCCUCCCACAGCAAUGACAAUCACAGCAGACAUGGUGGUCAGCAUAACAGACACAGGAGUGAUUCUUACCACAACAAAUAUGACAAUCACAGGAAUUCAGGCAGGCACUAUGACAACAGGAAUUACCGAUGAUAAUAUGUGUCACCUCCUUUGUUGCAAUCAUCACUGUUUUAUCAAGGGUAUCUUCCUUCAAAUCUUGUGCAAGGAAUAGCAAUUUUGCAAACCACUUUGACUUGUGUUUAUUGCUCAUUUGUAUUUAUUGAUUUAAGAUUUUGACAACACAUUUCUUUGGAAAAUGGAUUCAUAGUGUUUCAUGGCCUACAUAGUAAUGUUGUGGAAGUGUCAGUUUCACUACUGCUUCCAUCCAUGACUUUAUUAAAAUUAUGCACUUGUAGCUGUUUCCUAUUCAUUUUGUUUUAUGUUUUUUCCAUUUAUUUUUUUAUUAUGUUAUCAGUUAUUUAUUUUUUUAAUUUUAUUUAUUUAUUUUUUUACUUGAAAUGUAGAUAUGAUAAGAAGACAUUAGGUAUUCACUCAAUUUUAUAAUGCACUGUUCUUGUUCAAGUGGGGAAUUAUUUUUGUGCUUCCUCCAAUAUUAUAGUAUGUCUACUUUAAAGUGGUUCCUGGUUUCAAAACAUAAUGUAGCAUAUUGAUGAUAUAAUUGAUUUUAUGUGAAUAAUAUUUGUUUUCUAUUCAUCAACACACUUCUCACAAGGCUAGACUACAAUUUUCCUCAAGAUCUGACAACCACACAUUCUCUGGCCCACCAGUCAGACUAAGACCCAGGAGCCACUUAGGAAGAGACAGACUACAGUAUCCCUAAUAACAUAUAGCUAGGCCAGAGAUUAAGUUAUGACUGAAAACAAAGAAACAAGGAGAAAUAUACAGAGUUAUUUUAUCUUUUAUGCAUAUAGAUUAACACAGAAAAGAGCUUAUUUAUGAAAUUCUAAUAUUUGACUUUGAAUGAUAUACAAAACUUAUGUCAAUUCAGGUUUAUUAGUAUGCCAUAUUGUCUACUUCUUAUUUCUUUAUAUUUAGAAAGGUUAUGCAAUAUUUUCUUUAACAUUUGAUUGUGCAGAUGUACUAAAAUUACGUAGUAUUUGCAUUCAUAUGACAGAUGGGGAGCUUUAUUUUUUUAGUAAGAUUACAACUACUUUUAUAAGUAUUGUUAUCUUUUGUAAAUAAUUGUAUCCUUUAAUGGCUCCAGCAGUUCUCACCCAUUGUUUCCCUUUAUUCUGAUCUAAGCAAACAUUGAUCUAUUAUUAAACAAGCAAACUUGUGUUUGUAUGUUUACUGACAGAUUCAUAUAACUUGUCUUUGCAUUUGGCAUAGUUGCAGUGUUGCAUUAUGACGUGUGUUGGAAUAUUUGAUGGAUAGUAGUGUGUAUAAAUUUUACAGACUCGGAGGCCCAAGAAUGGAUGUGCUAUGAUAACCUCUCAGAGGUUUAAUACAGGCAGGGAGAUUAUUAUGUAUGGAUAAUUAAAUCUAUUAUUUAAU